CCCUCUGCCCAUGGCUUCCCCUGGCCAGGUCUCAACUUCUCCCCACAGCCCUGCACCCCACAGGAAAAUGGUCAGCCUUGACAAGCAACUCACCUGGCCAUUUACAGCCAUGGAUGCAAAUUGCCCCAACCUCCCUGAGCCCAGAUCCUACUCAGAGGCCCCCCGGCCUGACCUGAGCUCCAGCUCAAUCCAGGUGAACAAAACCCUGCCGCAGAACUCCCCCAGCCUGGCGGGGGACAGGUUGCCACCAAAGACAGGGGCUGUAGUCAUCGACAUGGGCACAGGCGCCUGUAAGGUGGGCUUCGCGGGCCAGGCCCGGCCCAUUUACACAGUGACCACCAUCGUGGGCUGUCACCCCAAGAAGGCAUCCAACUCCAAGCAGCCGGUGCUGGAGACUUUCAUCGGCGAGGCCGCCCGCUCGCGCCCGGAGCUGACGCUGGUGCAGCCCAUGCGCCACGGAAUCGUGGUGGACUGGGACGCGGCCGAGCUCAUCUGGCGCCACAUGCUUGAGCACGAUCUCCGCGUGGCCACCUGGGACCACCCCCUGCUGUUCUCCGACCCGCCCUUCAGCCCCAGCACCAACCGGGAGAAGCUGGUGGAGGUGGCCUUCGAGUCGCUGCGCUCCCCGGCCAUGUACGUGGUGCAUCAGUCAGUGCUGUCUGUCUACGCCCACGGACGGGUCAGCGGGCUGGUGGUGGACACGGGCCACGGGGUCACCUACACGGUGCCCGUCUUGCAGGGCUACAACCUGCCCCACGCCACCGAGCGCCUGGACCUGGCGGGCACCCACCUGACGGCCUUCCUGGCGGAGGUGCUGCGCGGGACAGGCUUGCCGCUGGGGCAGCAGGACCUGGACACCGUGGAGGACAUCAAGCACCGCUACUGCUACGUGGCCCCCCACUUCCUGAAGCAGCAGGCCCGGCUGGAGCAGGAGUGCCGCAGGACCCUGAAGCUGCCCGACGGCCGGACAGUGACGCUGGGCAAGGAGCUGUUCCAGUGCCCGGAGCUGCUGUUCAGUCCCCCCAAGAUGCCGGGACUGUCGCCUGUGGGCGUCCCCGCCAUGGCCAGUCAGAGCCUCCACAAGGUUCCCCUGGAGGCGCAGGCUGAGGUGGCCCCGAACGUGCUGCUGUGCGGAGGCUCCUCGCUGUUUGCUGGGUUCGAGGCCCGCUUCCGCACAGAGCUGCUGCAUAGCCGGCCGCACCAGGCCCCGGUGGCAGUGGUGGCGCAGCCCAACAGGAACUUUUCUGUGUGGAUUGGGGGCUCCAUCCUGGCGUCUCUGCGCACCUUCCAGCCCUGCUGGGUCCUGCGGGAGCAGUAUGAGGAGCAGGGGCCCCACAUUGUGUACCGCAAGUGCUACUGAUGGGGAAGGGGGAGCAUGGGCAAUAAAACC